AUGUCCAUUACUCAAGCGCCUUUGGUCGGCCAUCCCAUCAUCAACCGAAUGGCUACCAGCUUGCUCGAAGCAAGCCGCGCCGAAGGCAGUGGACAAAUCCUUCGCGUCUCAUACACCAAGCAAGAGUACAUUCGUCGCCGUCACGGAUUUCUCGGCAAGCAUCGCGAGUAUCGACAUCUGCCUCAGAUCCUUCCCGGCAUUCUUCGCGCAGCAGAUGAGGUGUUCAGCUCUGAGGCACGGCAGCCAGAUCAGCUCUCUAGCGACCAAGUGCGCAUCCGCGAGCUUGACUGCGGAAUUGAGCCUCUCUUACCCUUUCCCACCACUACAAACACGCAGACGAUCGACAGCUUCGCGAGCUACGGCGGUAUAGAGCGCGCUUUUGAUACGCCGCCCGCGCCCGCAUAUUCGGCGUCAUCGUCAGGAAUUUGGAUGUCCGACCGGCAGCAACUUGCAACCUCUUCGCGUGCAUCAUUUGAGACCAGACCUGCGCGGGAUUAUUCGGACGCCGAGACUAUUUCGAACAUGUCUAGCACUCCGCGCGGUACACCAAGCGAGACAUUGCGUUUGUCUCACGCGCAACUGUCUGCGCAAGCAUUUCAUUAUCCCGCCGUCUCAGAUCAGCAAACAGCAAACUUUGGCACCGGCCUCCAUACUAGAGGUACCCGCCACCAAGUUUCGAGCCAGCAAUUGUACGCACCGCAACGCCUCAACACCAUGCAGACUUCUAACGCCGCAACCAACGUUCCGGAGCGCCCCCAAGUCCUCGCGCAGAUCAUAGCCGAUCUCGGAAAGAAGACCUUGACAGCAGCUGACGCGCCAUCGCAAUAUCAACGUGGAACUCAGCCUCAUCUUCAAACAACCAGUCAAGCUCCGGUGCAGGCGAUUCCAGCGACAGCACAUCAGGCUCAUUACCCAGCACUCAGUCAAGCGGAUAACGACAAUCAUGUCCAAGCUCCAGCAGCCCUUCAAUCUCUUGCGCAAGUAACUCACACACCUGCGCAACAUCAAAAUGGGAUCCUCACUCAAUUCGCUGAAGUCACUGAAAAUCCAGCGCAGGUGCAGCAUGGAAGUCUGGUUGCAUCAUCGGGACUGAAUGACACCUCAACACAGUCUCAACAGGUCAACACUGCCACAACAACUCUACAACAAAACAGUGGAAGGACGCUUUUGGUACCGGAACCUGGAGCGCGGUAUCAGCAUGGAAGCGGCCAAGUCUCCGCCGUCAAGAACCGCGCCGUCGUUUCUCCAGUCAAGCCACAGUCGAGCAGGAAGCGAUCUGCGCCAGACGACAAUGAGGCCGACGCGGGAGACGAAGAAGAAGUCGGAGCUGUCGAGCCGACAGCUUUCACGGAGAAGCCAACCGCUAAGAAACACAAAAAGGCUGCCGCUCCACCUACAGAUGAUAACACGACUGUCCCGAACGAGAGCAACGCCGACGAGACUGAGAUGGAAGUCGAUACCGACACUCCGCAGCCAGCACCGCAGCGACCCUCGAGAGUUCGCCCUGCCACUCACCCCACCACCGGCGGUAAGGGCCCCCUUCAUCCCGCCAGUGACGAGGGCUGCGUCAACGGCACGAGAAUGGCCAAAACCAAAGCCGAAGCCACAGACUCCGCCUUCACCCGAUACCAGCGCCUCCUCUCCCAGUAUAGUGGCCACGCGCGCUUUCCGGACUUCCCGCCCGAGUUCUUCGACAAGGCGAACUUCAAGCCGAGCGAGAAGAGGGCUGUCGCCAACGGCGAUCUUGAGGGCGCCCCUUGUGAUCCGUUUUUUCACAAGAAGCUGAUCCGGGACUUGCGCAAGGGCCAGCCGUUGCAGUAG